AUGUUUCCCCAACUUCCUACGCCAGAAGCCCCGGCUGAACCUCUGCCACCAUGUGCAGGGCCUCAAACCUUACCAUUCCUAAAUGCUGUGCCACCCGACAUGGAGUUUAUCGACAUGCUUGGCGAAGGCCUGCACUCUUACGUCUUCCGAGUCCGGAUACAAGGACAGCUCUAUGCAUUGAAAAUGUUUCGUUUCUUUGGCUGGGAUGAGAUAACCCUUCCACUUAACAGAACAAUUGUUGAUGCUCCUGCCGAGCAGCUCGAACUCAUCUAUCAUCAUUCCGACCCAUUCUAUGCUGAAUGCCGCGCCUAUGGGCGCCUGCGAGAAACUGGGCAUGAAGACUUGUCGAUUCGAUGUCAUGGAUACAUUCUCCUCUCAGUGCCACAGCUCGAGGCUCUUCAGGAACGAUUUAAUGACUUUGCGUGGCAUAUCUACGACCGUACGUUUGCUGAUAACGAGGCCAUCGCAUUGCCGAGGCACAUGAUGCUUUCUCGAUAUUGGCACGCGGGGGGUCAACAAUUGCCCCCCGUUCGCUGUCUAGUGAAAGAGCUGGUAGAGGACACAAAUCGUCCACGUAACAUCGACCUUCUGUGUCAAAGUAUCGGUAAGUUCCAUCAGCUUGGCAUAGUUGCCUUGGACAUACACACUGAGCAGCUCUAUGUCGAACACAGGAUUGCCGAUUUGAGCUACGCCAAAACAAGCCCGCACAUCCUCUUAACCCCUGACGCCUUUCCAGCGCCGCUAAAUCCCGAUCAGAUUGAGACGCUCGAGCAGUGGCAACUGCUAGGAUGCUUCAUACCACAAUUGAGUCAAGUCAAGCUAGGCGCCUUCGAGCACCGCGGUGGCGGGCCCUUCCCUUUAAUCCGCUGGGGUUUGAUAUGA